AUGCUGAUUAUCACUAUUGCAUUUCUACAAUCAUUUAUUUCAAUUACUAACCAACAACAAUACCAGGUUGAAUUUAAAUUAACUUCUUUUGGCAUGAAAUUUCAAUAUCCUAAUAUUAGUGAUCUUUAUUCGGUUCAGUCAAAUGUUUUUUCAACUAUUCGCUGUGCCAUGACCUGCUCAGUUGCGCAAGAAUGUCAAACAUUUGAUUAUGACACUUCAUCUAAUGUCUGCCGCCUAUUUUCUAUUUGGUCCUAUCAAGGUACAAUUGUUGCAUCGACAUCAUCAACUUCACGAGUGGGUUAUAUAGAACAAACAAUUGGCCUUUAUUCGUUAUAUGGGAAAUCAUGUAAUUCGUCAAGUGAUAUCAAUCGAUAUUUAUUAUGUACAAGUGAUAAUCUUUGGUCCUGUCGAGCCCAACUGGUGUAUAAUGGAUCAGUUUGUCAAAGUGAUGUUGCCUAUAGUUACACUACAGUAAGCUAUCAACAAGAAUGUUUACAGAAUCAAACAAUGGUAUGGAAUGGAACAAGUUGUUCACCAGCUGUCGUAACAUCACUUAAUUGGAACGCCACUGGUAUAACUGUAGCUGGUGUAACUGGCGUUUCUGGCAGCACUCCAAAUAAACUAAAUCAACCUUGGGGUUUAAAUUUUGAUCCCAACGGUACACUCUACAUUGUAGAUCAAUAUAACUUCAGAGUUCAGAAGUGGCUCAGAGGUGCCACCAAUGGAACAACAGUAGCGGGGCAACCCAACAGCACUCUUGGCAACGGGCCUUCGCUUUUACAGACACCUCAAGGUGUUGUCGUCGAUUCCAAUAGAAAUGUUUAUGUGGCAGAUACUUUUAAUCACAGAGUUCAAUUAUGGCCAUAUGGUGCUUCAUCUGGUAUAAUGGUGGCCGGGACAGGUUAUAGCGGUUCCGCAAACAAUCAACUACAUUUCCCUCGGGAUAUAACAAGGGAUCCAACUACUGGCACAUUGUACAUAUCGGAUAAUUGGAAUCACCGGAUUAUGAGGUACCUUGUCAAUGCAUCGUCGGGUACUGUAGUUGCUGGAGGAAAUGGACCAGGUACAAAUAGUACACAGUUAAAUUAUCCGAUGGGUAUAUAUUUGGAUGUAACAUCAAAUAGUCUAUACAUUGCCAAUUAUUAUUCUAAUAAUAUUGUUCGUUGGGUAAUCGGCGCUACCAGUUGGACAUUAGUUGCAGGUAAUAUCAACGGCAUGAGUGGUAAUUCGUCAACAAUGCUGUUUUCUCCGUAUGAUGUUGAAAUCGAUUUCAUGGGCAAUAUUUACGUGACUGAUACCUCUAAUUAUAGAAUCCAGUUUUUUCAAGCUGGCUCAAUGAAUGGUACAACAGUAGCAGGCAUUACUGGAGUUUCCGGUUCUGACGCUUAUCACUUUGUUUCCCCAUAUGCUCUAAAACUUGAUUCUCAACUUAAUUUGUACGUAACGGAUUAUGUUAAUUCCUUAAAACGUAUUGAUUAUUUAAUAUUAGAACAAUGUCGUUAUGAUAUUUGUGUUGGAGCUCCAGUUGUUCUAUUAUUUGCAUUACCAAUAAUUGACUAUAGUGCACCUCUAAUUGCAAUUAUCCCUCCAAAAUAUCUUCCAUCAACAUUAAUUAUGUCUAAACAAGAGCAAUCACAAGUUGAAAACAUUCGUCAAAACACCAGUAACAUAAUGGCAGCAAAGUAUGCUUGUCCUGACGAAGCAGACAACAAACACGAUCGUUUUUUGGACGUAGAUCAUGAACCUCGAAGAAUGCUACAACCCAUUGAAGGAUAUCAAAAACUACCACUACUUACGUUAGAGAAAGCGGUUGAACCGAUUGUAUUUUGUUGUCCUGACAUUAUGCGGCGUGCCUUUGUAGCUAUGUCGAACUGUGAAAAUCCAGCUGAUGGAUUAGAUCAAAAUGAAUCAGCCGCGAUUUUUCUCUACACGAUGGAAUGGGAACCAAUAGAAGAAUGCCUUUAUUAUGCUCUUAAUAAAACAUUACGUACUGAAAAUCGACAAAAACUGAAACCUUGGUAUUCUUAUUUGAAACUAAUUCUUAGUGCACUCCAGAAACUUCCACCACAGAAACUAACAAUAUGGCGUGGUGUUACACUCGAUCUCAGUCAACAAUAUGAAAUUGGAAAGCUCUACGUAUGGUGGGUAUUCUCAUCAUGCGCUCGGUCUACUUCUGUUCUUGAAUCGGAGCAAUUUCUUGAUGAAAUUCUUCUUUUACCUGCAACACAAUUCGAAGUUAUUAGUAAACUAAAACCUUCGAUUGAUCUUCAAAUUAUUCAUUUGAAACAAGUUGAUUCGCCAUUUCCUCUUAUUGAACUACCUAUAAAGAAUAUGACCACGAGCCAGACAUCUCAUUGCGAGAAAGACGAGGAACAGGUAUCUUGCACUUAUCAAAAUGAUAAACUUGAAAAGCUAAUUUGUUCAAUGACUAAUGACGUUGAUCUUGAAGGACAAGGAUUAAUCGAUAAUGACAUUCCGAUUGUUAUAAAGCUAGCUAUUAAUGAUAGGAAAUGUUUGUAUCUCAAUCUUAAUACAAACAAAAUCACGGACGAAAGAGCUCAAUAUCUUGCAGAGAUGCUUGCGUCGAACCCGUCGUUAUCAAUAUUACAAAUAACAGGAAAUCAAAUUACGGAUACUGGUGUUCAUUGGAUCACUCAGGCACUACGCAAUAACACCAAAUUAACUUACCUCAGUCUCACCAACAAUAAAAUGACUCACAAAGGGGCACAGUUUCUAGCCAACGCACUACAAGCAAACUCGUCACUAAAUCGCCUUUGCAUAGGUAACAAUCCCAUCGGUGAUACCGGUGUUCAAUAUAUUGCCGAAGUUUUAAGUAAAAAUAGAGUGAUAAAAGUUCUUCACAUCGGUUUGUGCCAAAUAUCUGAUAAGGGAAUGAUUUAUUUGGCUGAAAUGCUUAAACAGAAUGACACUCUCGCUGGUCUUCGUCUGAGCACCAAUCCUCUAACAGACAACGGAGUAAAUGUGAUAAUGGAUGCCUUGUGCAACAACCAUGAACUAAGUGAAUUGAAUGUCGAGUGCGGAGAAAUGACCGGAAAAUGCAUGAAAGAUAUACAAAACAUGUUAAAACACAACAAAACAUUAAUUAAAUUAAAUGUACUUCAAAAAUUAUUCACAAAUCAAGAGCAAGAUCAACUUCGAUCGACGGCAACCACAAUAGCAAAUUGUCAAAUUCACUUCCGUGCAGACUAA